CGAUGCUACCGACCAUCGAAGCGCCAUUGUGAUUGCAAACACAAGCUAGCAGCCUCAGCGGUUCUCCCGAUUGUCUGUCUGGCUUGCAUCCAUUGUCGUAUUCUGCAAACGUUCCGGCUUCUUCCCAAGCGGCGCAGCAAGAUGGCGGACGAGAGGCCAGUCGUCGUCGACAACGGUACCGGGUUUGUAAAAGUCGGCUAUGCAGGCUCCAACUUCCCCACCCAUGUCUUCCCUUCCAUCGUCGGCCGACCGAUUCUGCGCGUAGAGGAGCGCGACUCAAUUGACGUCGAGAUCAAAGAUGUCAUGGUCGGAGACGAGGCGGCUGCCGUUCGGAAUUACCUGCAGGUGACGCAGCCGAUGGAGCAUGGAAUCGUCAAGGACUUUGGAGACAUGCGGCAUGUCUGGAACUACACUUUUGACGAGAAGCUCAAAAUCGAUCCUCGAGGGCGAAAGAUCCUGCUCACCGAACCACCGAUGAAUCCGAAGAGGAACAGGGAGGAAAUGUGCCAGAUCAUGUUUGAAGAGUAUGGGUUCGAAGGCGUGUACGUUGCUAUCCAGGCUGUCCUUACCUUAUAUGCUCAAGGUCUGCAAACUGGAGUAGUCGUAGACUCUGGAGACGGCGUCACGCACGUUGUCCCCGUUUACGAAGGCUUUGCGAUGCCUCACCUAACGCGAAGGUUGGACGUUGCCGGCCGCGAUGUCACACGCUACCUAAUCAAGCUGCUACUUCUGCGUGGCUAUGCCUUCAACAGAACAGCAGACUUUGAGACCGUCAGGGAGAUUAAGGAGAAGCUGUGUUACGUCAGUUACGACGUGGAUCUCGACAAGAGGCUUGCGGAUGAGACAACCACGCUGGUCGAGUCCUACACCCUCCCAGACGGGCGAGUCAUCAAGAUCGGCUCCGAGCGUUUCGAAGCUCCUGAAUGCAUGUUCCAGCCGCAUCUCGUAGACGUCGAGCAGCCAGGCAUGGGUGAAUUGCUUUUCAAUACGAUACAAGCUGCCGCAGUCGACACGCGCGGCGAGCUUUACAAGCACAUUGUCCUAUCCGGCGGUUCGAGCAUGUACCCGGGUCUGCCGAGCAGAUUGGAGAAGGAGAUGAAGCAGCUGUACCUCACCCGCGUCCUCAAAGGCGACGCCAGCCGGCUCAGCGGCUUCAAGAUCCGCAUCGAGGACCCACCCAGGAGAAAGCACAUGGUCUUCCUCGGUGGAGCAGUCCUCGCUGACAUUAUGAAGAACAGGGCUAGUUUCUGGAUUUCCAGAUCAGAGUGGUACGAGCAGGGCGCUCGGUCGCUGGACAGGCUAGGGCGCCACGCAUAAUGAUGAACAAUACAAUGCAAUCUAGGGUAUGCGUGUGAUCCAAUACAAAGCUUGC